AUGGCGACGAGUCAACCCGCUGCCCCCACGCCCAACGGCUACGGUGGUGGUCUACGCAUUGCUGUUAGACUUGACGGAGACGUGGCACCGGCACACGGCCAGGUCAGUGAGACAGGGUCACUGAGCCCGUGUCGCAGCCUCGCAGCACUGCAGUGGGGCUACUGUCGAAGCGUGGCUCGGCAUCCGCGGGAGCAGGGCGGCCAUUACUCAUCAUCUCAGGACAUGCCCCGUGUUCGGUGGCUUUUUCGACGUUCUGGCGAAAUGGGCGACCGCGUUUAUCGGCUCGAUGCUUCAUUUCAUUAA